UCAUAUGAAGUUGGUGUCUGAUGUCUUAAAGGAAAGUCACUUCAUUGAUGCUGACUGGUUUGAGUUAGGAAUGGGAUUAAACCUACCUUAUCCUGGCCUGGCAAAUAUUAGCGCAAAAUUUACUGAUCCUUCUCGUUGUUUACUGGAGUGUUUGAGCUUGUGGUUGACUUCAGCUAAUAAUCAUACUUGGGAAUCAUUAGCUAGUGCACUUGAGAGAAUGAAUCAAAAACCAGCUGCUACACUCAUCCGUAAUACAUAUGAUGAUCCUGCUAGUCAGAUAUUCCAGCAUUACAGUGAUAGAAUAUCGCAAGUAUCUCUCACUGAUAGUUGUAUUCAGUUGUUAUAUACAGAAGGAUUAAUCACUGAGGAUACACAAAGGAAGAUUGAGAGAUGUGGUGGCUCAUUAAGUAAUACAUUAAGAGAAUUAAUGAUUGCAGUAUCUGAUGAUCACAGUAAGCUGAGGUCACUGGGAAAUAUAUUAAUGGAAUUAGAAGAAAGUAAACCUUUAGCUCAAAAUAUUAUUAAAGAUUGUGAUGAAAUAAUUGAUAGAUCAGUGACUACAGUUAUAGUUACACCAGUUACCAGUAGACUAAAUACAGUCAAUCAUUUACCUAGUCCAAAUGCAGCAGUAUCAACUUCAGCUUGUGAGUUCUUCUUCAAUGCAGCAUAUCAGCCUAUUUUUAGAGAGGUCAAAGGAAGCUUUGUUACUCUUUGUGAUGAGUUACUUUGA